AAACACUCCAGGUGUAUCCCUCCAGAGAGACACGAGAGCGAAGUUCCUUAUAAGUAGGAAGCAUAUAACAAAUAAGAUACAAUAUUUGUCAGUUUUCAAGCAUUUCACAAAAAUGAAGGCAAUCCUGCUGGUGGUGUCUGUGGUGGUCGUUUCCACAGUCCACUGUGAGCGUAAGAAAUGGGAUUCCUUUAUGUUAAGUUUGUCAUGGCCGGUCACGUUCUGUAAAUUCAACAAUAUGGGUCACAAACCUCGAAACUGUAGCUUCCAUGCUAUGCAAUGGGGAAUCCAUGGACUUUGGCCCUCUCUGAGUGAUGGUGGCUGUUCCCCAGAACACUGCAACGUAUCCCAUCCAUUUAAUGUAGAAGAAAUAAAGAGUUUACUGAGUGAGCUGAAGAAAUACUGGCCAAACCUGUUAAAGGGAAAUUUAUACUCAUUCUGGAAACAUGAAUGGGAAACCCAUGGAAGGUGUGCGACAGAGAAGAAAGAUCUUGCCACUGAACUUCAGUAUUUCAAGAAAACCAUUGACCUCCGUAGGACAUAUGACGUCGACAGGAUGCUUAUGUCAGCUGGUAUCAAGUCUGGUCAAUCCUACUCGCUGUCGGAUAUUGAGCAGGCUGUGAAGACAGGUACCGGGGGUCAACCAAAUGUUCUGUGUGGAACUACCAAGGAGGAUGAGGAGGAGGCAUGGCUUUCACAAAUCAUAAUCUGCAUGAAUGACGCCUUCAAAAUUACCGAUUGCCCAAAGAAAAAAUGUCAUCGAGAACUACAAUUUACCGGAGAAAGAAAAUCGCUGCCACCGGCGGAUGAGUGUCUCUCUAAAGUAUUCUACCCACGAAAGGAAACUCGACCGUGACGUGCCGUUUGAAUCUUCAAAUUCCAGUGCUACAAAUAUUUCAUCUGUAUUUUCACAUACCGUGCUGUGGAAGACGUCAUGUUUACAUUCCCAAUGAUUUUUGUCUUUAAUUAUACCCCCCGAACGAAGUUCAGGGGGGUACAUAGGAAUCACUUUGUCUGUCUGUCCGUCCUUGCAGAUUCGUGUCAGGGCCAUAACUUCUUUGUUCUUUGACUUAGGCAUACCAUAUUUGACACACAGGUGGAUCACCAUAAGACGAUGUGUCGAGUACCUUCCUGACCUCUAUAUGACCUUGAACUCAAGGUCAAAAUUAAAGUGAAUUCGUGUCCGGCCCAUAACUUCUUUGUUCGUUGAUUUAGGCAUACCGUAUUUGACACAUGAGUGUAUCACCAUGAGACGAUGUGUCAUGUACCUUCAUGACCUCCAUAUGACCUUGACCUCAAGGUCAAAAUUAAAGGUUUUUACAAUGGAUUCGUGUCAGGGCCAUGACUUCUUUGUUCUUUGACAUAGGCAUACCAUAUUUGACACAUGAGUGUAUCACCAUGAGACGAUGUGUCAUGUACCUUCAUGACCUCCAUAUGACCUUGACCUCAAGGUCAAAAUUAAAGGUUUUUACAAUGAAUUCGUGUCCGGGCCAUAACUUCUUUGUUCUUUGACACAGGCAUACCAUACUUGACACAUGAGUGUAUCACCAUGAGACGAUGUGUCAUGUACCUUCAUGACCUCCAUUUGACCUUGACCUCAAGGUCAAAUUAAAGGUUUUUACAAUGGAUUCGUGUCAGGGCCAUGACUUCUUUGUUCUUUGACAUAGGCAUACCAUAUUUGACACAUGAGUAUAUCACCAUGAGACGAUGUGUCGGGUACCUUCAUGACCUCUAUAUGACCUUGAACUUUGAACUCAGGUUAAAAUUGAUUAUAGGGUUUUGACAUAGUCAUACCAUAAGACAUGGGUGUAUCACCAUGAGACUGUGUCAUGUACAUUCAUGAUCUCUUUAUGACCUUGACCUUCGAUCUCAAGGUCAAAAUUAUAGGUUUAUGACAUGGAUUUGUGUUCGGACUAUAUCUUCCAUUUUCUUCUUCAAAAGCAUACCAUAUUUUUACACUCAGGAAAGAGGUAAUUUAUACCGAUUAACAACACCCUUUGGGAGAUUGGGGUAAGCGGGGGUAUUCUUAGUGAGCAUUGCUCACAGUACCUCUUGUUAAUAUCUAUACAAGUUAUAAUGAUAGCCAUUUCCUCAUGAAUGUGUGGUGUGAACAAUGCGCGCAUGAAUCUCUAUAAACCUACAUGUAGUACGUCUAGUUGAACGUAUUUUCAAAACUGACAUUUAUUUCAUAAGUAACCAUACAUUGUAUAACAUUGUCAAUCAUCUAUAUUUUGUGUUUCCAAGCAACACAAAUGUUAGAGAAGUCUCAGAUUUCUUGAUUAGUCAGGGAAACUCAACACUCACAACCAAACAUAUUUCAGUUAGUGAACCGCCAUAAAAUGGCUGGAAAAUUGCCAACACCGCGUAAAACUAAGCAAUCAAAUCAAACAAUUGAUUAAUGAAGAAAUUGGCACAGUUGUUUAUUAAUCUAAAAGAAUAAAAUCCAAAAUUAUCAUGCAAUAUUUGACAACCAGUUCCUGAUAGUAUUUUCGCCUUACGGCUCUUAAGGAAGUUUUGUAGAGCCGUAAGGUGAAAAUUCACUGUACGAGCAGGAACACAAACACACAGCCCUUGAUUUAGUAACAUGUUUAUUUAUAGACAGCCUUUGAGGCAAGUGUUAACAUCUAUUAUCUCUAUUUCAAAAGUUUUGGUCCUCAUAAAAAUUCAAACGUCAUCUCGUUUUGGGAUAAGAACACAUUACAAAUCGUGACCCGGAAACAAAAGACGUUAAACGACAGAAAACGAAUACGGAGAUGGUGAUUCCGUCAGCCUACACUCUGUGUUCCCUCAAUGUUCAGUUGUAUCAAGGUCAUUUACGAAGGAUUUAAGCAAUCUCGUAUCAAGUCAGCAUUUCGCAAAUUCUAUGGUCGUUAUAAUGAUCUAGUUUGUUCAUAUAACCUAUCAUUGGGUCAAAUGCUGUCUGACGUGUUUGAUAUCUAGUGUUCGGCCGUUCUUUACACACUGAUUUUGACUAUGGAUUACUCCGUUUACUUGAUCAAGAUAUAGGGCUCAUGGCGAAUGUGACCAGCCAACAGGGGAUACUUACUCCUCCUGGGCAUCUGAUCCCACAUCUGGUAUAUCUAGGGAUCGCCCAUUGUCAUCUUUGCCCAACUUUUAAUUUUGUAUUCCUUAUAGGAGUUGUGAAAUUGAUCAAUGUUCGUUAUCAUCACCUUUUCUUUUCACUAUUUGCCAUUGUGUCACAAUUUUCAUAAACGUUUUCCAGUUCACU